UGAGAAUAAUCUCAAAAUGUAAGUUUUUUGGUGGAUUUUUACUCCUCUUUUAUUAUUAUCUACAAUGGCUGUAUUUUUUAUAUCCGAUACAUUUCAAAGUCAUGAAAUUACCGUUAUAAAUCACAUCAACCCACAGCGUCACCGCUCCCGGCCGUGCGCAUGCGCAGACCCGUGCAGGGAGCUGUCCGCGGCAGUUGGUGCUCGAGCGUUUUACCCGCAGCAGCUUCACCGGACACAUCGCUACCGGAGACAUGGAGGAAGAGCUAAAAUGCCCCGUUUGUGGUUCCUUCUUUAGGGACCCCAUCUUGCUGCCGUGCUCCCACAAUGUCUGCCUGCUGUGCGCCCGGAACAUCACCGUUCAGACGCCGGACGGGGAGACUCCAGUCCAGAGCCGAGCCUCCGGAAGCUCCGACUACGACUACUUGGACAUGGACAAGAUGAGUCUGUACAGCGAGACGGACAGCGGCUACGGCUCCUACACCCCCUGCCAGUUGAAAUCUCCGAACGGCGUUCGGGUAUUUCCGCCGGUCGCCCAGCAUCGGAACUGCUCCCUCACCUGUCCGCUGUGUCACCGGAGCGUGUCCCUGGAUGAGCGGGGUCUCCGGGGGUUUCCUCGGAACCGGCUUCUGGAGGCCAUUGUGGUGCGGUACCAGCAGACCCGCGGCAUCCCGUGUUCGGCAUCCCCCUCCGCGGUGAAGUGUCAGCUGUGUGACCGCAACCCGGUGGUCGCCACGGUGAUGUGCGAGCAGUGCGACGUCUAUUACUGUAACGCCUGUCAGCAGCGGUGCCACCCGUCCCGCGGUCCGCUGGCCAAGCACCGCCUGGUGCCGCCGCCGUCGCCGAAUCAAGCGGCUGGAGGAGCAGCGAGCGGCGGCGGCGGGUGCGGGGGUGGCGGUGCUGGGGGUCGGCAGCCGGUGCUGACCGCGCGGAAAGCGGGGACCUGCGUGGAUCAUGAGGCGGAAAACUUCAGCAUGUACUGCUGCAGCUGCAAGGCUCCGGUGUGCAUGAAGUGUUUGGAGGAGGGGAAACACGCCAAGCACGACGUCAAACCGCUGGCUGUGAUGUGGAAGCAACACAAGUGCCAGCUCUCCCAGGCUCUGAACGGCGUCUCUGAUAAAGCAAAAGAGGCCAAAGAGUUUCUGGUUCAGCUCAAGAACAUGCUGCAGCAGAUACAGGAGAACGGAGUGGAGUUUGAAGCCUGCCUCGUGGCUCAGUGUGACUCUCUGAUCGAGGCGCUGACGAGACAGAAAGCCAAGCUGCUCACCAAAGUCACCAAGGAGAAGGAGUACAAGCUGAAGGUGGUGCGAGACCAGAUCACCCACUGCACCAUGAAGCUGAGGCAGACCACCGGCAUGAUGGAGUACUGCCUGGAGGUCCUGAAGGAGAACGACCCCAGUGGCUUCCUGCAGAUCUCGGACGCCCUGAUCAAGCGGGUGACGUCGUCCCAGGACCAGUGGGUGAAAGGGGCCCUGGAGCCAAAGGUCGGCCCCGACUUUGACCUCAGCCUCAACACCGACUCGCUGAUGCAGACCAUCCUGCAGCUGGACUUCUGCCAGGGCAAAGAUGUGCAGGAGAAACCGCUUUUGAAACUAAUGCAGGCAGCAGCAGACAGUGGUGAGGCUGAGAUGGAGGCCGAGAGCCCCGGAGUGGAUUUAGGACCCGCGGUGCCAGUGGCGCCUCUACUACAGCUGGAGAAAUGCUGCACCAGGAACAACAGCGCCACCCUGGCCUGGAGGGUAACUGCGCCUGCUAGUUGCCCCAUUGAGGGCUACAUCCUGGAGCUGGACGAUGGGAAUGGAGGGCAAUACAGGGAGGUGUAUGUGGGGAAGGAGACUGUCUGCACGGUGGACGGCCUGCACUUCAACAGCUCCUACAACGCCAGAGUGAAAGCCUACAACGCCGUCGGAGUCGGACCGUACAGCAAGACGGUGGUGCUCAAGACUUCUGAUGUGGCUUGGUUCACCUUUGACCCCACCUCGGCUCAUCGUGACAUCGUUCUGUCUAAUGAGAACCAGACGGCUACGUGUAGCAGCUACGACGACCGCGUGGUUCUGGGGACGGCUGCAUUCUCAAAGGGAAGUCACUAUUGGGAAGUCACCAUUGAUCGCUAUGACAACCACCCGGACCCUGCGUUCGGCGUGGCGAGGAUCAACACCAUGAAAGAAAUUAUGCUGGGGAAGGACGACAAGGCCUGGGCCAUGUAUGUGGACAACAACCGGUCCUGGUUCAUGCAUAACAACUCCCACACCAACAGAGCGGAGGGGGGCAUUAUGAAGGGCUCCACCGUGGGCAUCCUGCUGGACCUGACCAAACGCACCCUGACCUUCUUCAUAAACAAGGAGCAGCACGGACAAACAGCCUUCGAGAACCUGGACGGCGUUUUUGUUCCUGCUGUCAGCCUUAACAGAAACGUUCAGGUGACCUUACUGACCGGCCUGGAGGUGCCAAAGAAUAUCAAACAGUAGGAGCUCAUUCCUCCUUCCUGUGUGCCCUGGAUACAAACCUCUGAUGUCACAUGCAGACUCACCUCUAUGUUUUCCUGAAACAUCAGGUUGGGUUCUUCCCAUCCUCCUCGAGGUGCUGUUUCGUCUCAGACACUACACAUCAUGUCAUAGCAAAGGAACAAAUCUGAUUGAUUAUGGACAUUCUUACACAGAUGAUUGGAGUUAUUGUACAGAAUUCAUGUUUUCAUUUUUGUUCCAUCCAGUUCCGACUUUUAUAACAUGAGGAUCUAGCCUUGAAUAGUAAAGCCAAACAGCUAGAAGACAUUCUCACUGUGCAGAAAAUAGCUUGGAGAAUAGUAUCAAAGUUUGCAUCAGUAAUCAUAAAAUGGAAACCGCUCAACUUUAACUUCAAACCUUUCCCACACCUCCAGCCUCAACAGCCCUGUGUGAAUGAUUAUAUUGGAUUUUCUUAGCUGUAAGUCGAAAGCCAGUAGAAGUUGACCAAAAACAUUAUAUAAGUGGUACAAAGAUUGAUUGAGAAAAAUAAUUUAUAAUUUAACAAUUUUAUUCAUUUAUUUUAUUUUCUUAGCAUGGCGUGGGCCUAAUACUCUGUCAUAAAUAUGAAACGAAACUGAGUAAAUUUUAUAACAGCCAAAAGCCACUAAAUGAGAUCGGUAGAAGUGUCUCAAAAUAAUUUCUUUCUCCGCUCAUCUCUUCGUCUCUGAAGAAACUCAGAAACUCUGAAGCAUCUUUAACGUGUCAGUGAAAUCCAACUCUACGGAAGACGAAUAGGGAAACUGACAUUUUGACCUUUUUUCACAAUUCUGACUUUAGUCUAGAAUUCUGACUUUUUAAAUUAAAAUUCUGAUUUUCCCCUCUUUUUAUCAGAAUUUUUACUUUUUAACUUUUUUCUCUCUUGUCUUUUGGCUUUUUUCUCUGGAUUCUGACUAUAAUCUCUGGAUACUUGAGUUUAAAGUCAGAAUUCUGAGGCCUAAGUGAGAAUAUUUUUAUUUCAGUGGUCCUAAUCUUCCUCCGUACCCGUCCCGUCAGGUUGAACCACGUCUGCUGCUGCAUUUUUCAUUAGGGACCAAAUACGGCUACCUGGAGAGGACAGUAGCUUAAACCAGACCACUGUGACCUGAUGGCUGUAGGAUACGUGAAAUUACCAACGUCUAAGAACACAACACAUCCAUGGAAAGGUUUGUUAUUAAAAGAUGAAGGUGUUUAAUAUUGAGUUUUAUUACAUCUACUUUGUUUUUUUUUUCUCUUGUCCCUAAGAACAUGAGUGAGAAUAGCCUGACCUGCCAUAUAAAACUGGACUAAUGUGUGGAUGCAAAUCGACAAACUGUAGAUACUGAUAUGUGACUUGUGAUAUUAAGCAUGGAUCGACAAGCAAGUUUGCAAACUGUCUGAAAAUGUUCUGUAAAUAAUGUUUUAUUGCCUCUGCAAUGAGUGAUGUUGUUAUGAGCUGUAACAGGUCGCCCCCUGCUGGCCAAUGUUGGGAACGGCAGCUCUUCAGACAUCCAGCUGAAACACUGACUCGUUGAAUUGUGAAAAUAUGUUAAAAUUCCCUCCAUAAUUUAAAAUAUUUGAGCAUUUAAUCAGGGAUAUGUGUUAUGUAGAUUAUGCUUUGAGGUAUGUGGUUAUUUAAUGAUGAACUAGUAUACAGCUCAUAUCGUAAAUGCCAGUUUUAUUUUACACAAACAGCGUGAACGAACUGAAAUGCACAACGGAGGAAAAACCUGGUAUUUUUACUGCAUUCGAUCAGGUAAUGUUUUUAUUAAAAAUCAUGUGGUAUGUUUUGUAUUUUCUAAACAUAUUUAUCUUUUAAAUGGAAGAAGCCAGUGGAAGAAUAUGGAAACCUUCUAAUUUAUGAAACAUAUGAUGAUAUAUUUAUUUUCCUUUGUUAAAGGUGUUGUCUAAAAUCCCUUUUUAAUAUUUACAUAGGGUAAUUACUAAUUAUUUCUGAAACACGUCCCAUUGUUUAGACUUUUAGUGCUCGAUGUUUUUCAUCUCAAAGCAGCCACAACUAGUCCUAUCACAAUUUGUCAUUUUCUGUCUCAUUUUCUAUCAGAAAAAUACUUGAAAUAAAAUUAUUUUAAGUCUAAAUCUGCCAAGGGUCCGAAUAACAGAUUAAUUGUAGUUAUUUUCACUAGUAGAGAUCGUGUUUAGCAGUCAAUACAACACUAAUAUGAUCUUACAAAUGCUCAAAAAACUACAUAACACAGUAAAAUAUAUUUUUAAACUAAAAUAAAUAUACAAUCUUCAUAUUUUUUCCCCUAUGCACAGUACAUUUGUCGGAAGGUAGGUUGCUAGCAACGGCAGUGGUGCAACAUCGGUGAAUGAAAGCUGCCGUUAAAAUAUAAAGACAACGGUUGCUAGCAUUAGGUUGCUAACAUUACUAGCAGAAAAAUGUCCAAAACCGAUAUUAUAUAUUUUUAAACCAAAAUGUCUGCUUAAAUAUUUCACAUUUAUCUCAUUCUGUUCCUCUUAAGUCUAUUUUUUUAGCUCAUAACAUCACUGUAGGCAGCAGGGUUGCUAACAAUAGCCGCUAGGUCGUUAGCACCGAGCAACAUUGUGUUAUUCGGUUGCUUUUGGCAACAAACAAAAGGAGUAAUUUUGCAACAUAAAAAGUAAUCUGGUGAUUUUUUUAAAUUUACAUUUGAAUUGACAUUAAAACGUAUGUAUUUAACUUUCAAAUUUAGCAUUUUUAGCAUGGCAAAGAGGUCAGGAUGUAAGAGUUUUGACAAGUGUCAAAUAUGUGAGYAUCAGCUGAAGGCGACUUGUGUCCUGAUUUGCUCCAACCAGUUUCCACCUCAGGGCUUUAUUUUUAUCAGCUUGACUGCUCAGCUCUGACCCUCCUUUCACCUCCCACUCCAGAUCAAAAACCUUCCUGGUGGCUGAAUUUACUGUAACCAGAAAUAGAUUUCAGCCAAGUAGUUGAGCUGGAACAUUACAUCCAUUGUGUAAGAAGGAAAAUCUUUCUUUCUGAGCUCCAGAUUUUGUUUAUUGCGCUCCAACUCCUUACGUUUCAGUGAUUUCAGAUGAUACUUUAGCUACAUAUUCUUUUCACCUAAAAAAUGUUGUGACAAAAAACAAGAAUCUAGUAAUGGAUUUGAUUCACAUGCAGACUCUCCUGUUUAAGUGUUGUUUUGUAUUUGUGCUUGUUUAGCAUGUCCCUUUACCUGAUACCCACCUAUGAAUGUCACUUCUUAGAUGUAACUCAUGUUGCUGGGAAAAUAGGACAGUAUCUUUUUUAAUUUAAAACGUGGAGAUAUCAAAUUAGUUAUGGCUGRCGGCAUACUAGGACCACUGUAAAUAGA